GGUGUGGUGUCCCUGGUCUUCCACGUUGGCCCGGCCUGGCCCAGGCAGUUGGAGGCGGAGCUGAGUGCGGAGCUGGAGGCGGCCAGGGUCGACUUCCACUGGGGCGACGGGGUCUCGUUCACUGACUCUGCCGUGGCAGGUCGUGGAUCGGCCGCUGGGGUGCACUACGGCGCUGGCGGGCUAGACGGUAGGCUCGUCGGCUCCCUCGUCGAGUGCGGUGAGCUUGCGGCCGUGUCGCCCGACUUCGACGUCCGCGAGGUGGAGCUGAGUCUCAACAACGGCGGUUUGGAGGGGAUCCGUUUCUCGUGUUCGGUCGACGUGUGGCCGCGAGGGGUCCCCGCUCUGGACAGUGUGCUCUACACUUUCGCGCCGCUCAUGCCCGCCAGGGUCGACGAGCUGUCGGCAGAGGCGGACCAGGUGAUCAACCUGGAGCGGGCUCACCGCGGCUUCCCGCUGGAGGGCGAGGCGGCCCGAGCACCAGGAGCCAUCGCCGUGGAGGGGACGCCCGUGCCCGCCAUGGGCCCUGCGCCUGGGGCCACCCGUUUCGCCCCGACAGGCGGGGUGUGGGUCGUCGCGGAGCCGCUCGGGGGCCACGACAUCGGCGAGGAGUCCCCGCUGCCUGCGGAGGCUGUGGGGCUAAGGUCCCGCGGCCUCGAGGAGAUCGACGGGGGCGUCGCCGUGCUCGAGCAGCUGAGUGUGGGGGCUGACCUCACUCGCUGGGGCCUGGCGCAGAGCAGCUCUCUCUGUGAUGACCCGAGUAUCCUGGCGCGGUCCCCGACGGAGCGGACCCUGGUCGACGCCGCGCGCCCAUUGACAGCGUGCCCAUGGGAGGAGGACGCGGUCCUCCGAGGGGCGGUGCUGCUCGUGGCGGCGGUGGACGGGGUUAACGUGAAGAACCUUAUCGAUGGCGAGCUCCUCCUGAGGCUGAUCCCCGAGCAUGGGGAGGCCGCGGCAGGGAAUCUCGAGUCGCAGGGCUACGAGGUGUCGGACUGCUACCUGGGGAUCGACGAGCGUUCGGGGGGGGCCCAGACGGUGUCUUCGCUCUGGGCCCACGCCGCCACCGAGCUCAGCGUAGAGGCAGUGAUUCUGAAGGAGAAGCGGAAGGCAUCGGAGGCCAGGGGAGCGGGCGUCACGGUCGUGACCGCCAAGCGUCCUGGCACCGGUACGGGGAGGAAGGCCCGGUUGCACUUCAAGCGCUGGAACGCCGUCCAGUCGGCGGCGCAGGAGGCGGUCGACGGCCUGAACUUGCUCUUUGGGUGCGACCCGCAGGAGCUGUUGGUGCCGACGCAGCGUGACGGGGCUGAGGCUGUGGGCGGCUGCAGCCCUGUGCAUAGCGCCAUUCACCAGCACCUGUUCUCCACCAUCGCUUCGGGCAUGCCCGACCAUGUACAAAGUGACCACGCCUCUUUUCGUGAGUUGGCUGGAGUGAAUGCAGAUUACGAGAUGCUUGCAUGCGCGGUCGAGCCCUAUGACCCGACGAAGGUGUCCCUGCCAGAGGGGCAGGUGUCGCCCGUCGUCUUGACUGAUCUUGUCUCCCCCGAGCUCGGCCGUAGCCUCGACCUUGACAACGUCCUGGCCGAUGCCGACGUGGCCGAGCAUCGUCUUCGCCACGAGCCCGUCGGGUCCUACACGGACGCCCGAAUCAGAGGUGGAUCGAUCUCUGGGAAGACUCUGGAGCGCCUCCUGGGCCACUACGUCGUCGAAGCCCUCAACCAGCGGCCCGCGCUGUCGGUCCUGCGGGCCUCCUACGUCUUCAUUCGGGAUUGUUACUGGACACCGAGGCCCCUGUGGGACCCUGUCUGCCGUGAGCUCCUGGUCUGCUCCAGCCAGGCCCCCCUGCCCUCGGGCAACUUUGGACGUCCCUGGUCUACUUCAGUGCUGGCGACUGACGCCUCGGGGAGUGGGUGGGGCGUGAUGGAGGCUGGCUUCGACAGUAAGGAGGUGAAGGAGAUCGGGGGGUGGAACGAGCGCUGGAGGUACGAGCGUCUGCCCCCGCUGGGGUACAGGCUUGAGGAGCCAAUCGGUAACAGGGAGGGUAGGGCCGUCAUCAAAGGUAUGAGUCUUAAGCUCCUGGGCCCCUGCCAGCACCACAAGAGGCACCUCGUCCUUGUCGACAACUUCGGCGUAUCCUUGUGUUUCUCAGGGGGGCGCGCGGCCUCCGCCGGGCUCCUGCAACUGGUCCGCCGCCUGGCUGCCCUCUCGAUUGCCGCGGGCGCAUGGGUGGCGCUCCGCUGGAUUCCAAGCGAGUACAACCCCGCCGACGAGCCGCCCCGCCUCUUCGAGAAGCUCAAAGAGGCGCGGGCGAGGCUGUAUGAGGUGCCCGCGGUGGGAGCGGAGCUUGACGGCCCGCCAAGCAGCAGCCGGGCCAUCGACUUCCUGCGGGGCCGCCGGGGCCCGACGGGAGGGCGGGCGCGCGGGCCGCUCCGCCAGCGUCUUGGGCGGCAGGCCGCGAACGGGGAACUCGGCGCCUGCGAGCCCGCGACGGUCGGCGUCAGUGGCUUGGCCGCCUACCAGUGCUUCGAGAACAUGUCCCGCGAGUGGCGGCGGCACCGCGGCAGAACCACCGACAACCUCGACGCGAUCGAGGUGAGCCUGCUCGACUACCUGAAGGAGCUACUAGCCGUCAACGUGAAGCUCAAGCACGCCGAGAAGACGGGGUGCGGCUUGCUGCGCAGCACGCUCUCGGCAGAGGUGCGGCCGCUGCCGUCCGGGGUGAAGUCGGGCAUCUGCGCCCGCCUGGUCUACGACGGCGCGUGGUCCACGGCCGUCCACAGCAGGGAACGCUGGGAGGGGAGGCGCGCCCCAGGCAGCGUCACGAGCCACGGGGCCCCCGAGCUCGCGUCCGUACUCUGCCCAGGGGCCGGUCAA